AUGGCCUCUUUCCCAGAACUGAUUGAAAAACUUCAGGAUGAGCUCAUUUGCUCCAUCUGCAGAGACUUUUUCACAAACCCAAUGUCCAUAGAGUGUGGGCACAGUUUUUGCCAUAGUUGCCUCAAAAGCAUUUCGCAGGAAGUCUCAACUCCUUUAUCCUGUCCAGAGUGCAAGAGUAUUUCCCAAGUAAGAGAUUUCCAAGCCAAUUGGAGACUUGGGAAACUGGCAGCCAUUGCCAAAAAACUAAGAAACCAGAGUUUCCAGAACCCCGGAGGCCAUAGCAAGUGUGAUAUACAUCAGAAAAUGAAGACACUGUUCUGUGAGGAUGACCAGAGCCCAAUCUGCCUGUCCUGUUCUGAGUCCCAGCAGCAUAAGGCUCAUAAACUGCAUUGUAUAGAUGAGGCUGCUGAGGACUUCAGGGAGAAACUAGAAGAAACUGUGACAAAUUUGUGGCAGAAAAAUGAGGUUGUUAUGCAACAGAUGAUUAAGGAGAAGAAGAAAGUGGCAGCAUUGAAGGAGGAGGUUAAGAGUGGAAAGGAAACUGUUACUUCUGAAUUCCAGAAAGUAAAACAGUUCUUGGAUGAGGAGAAAGAGGAGUAUCUAUCAAUUGUGCAGAGGCAGGGAAGGGACAAUUUGAACGGCCUGAAGAGAAGAAUAAAGGAACUGUCACAUCAGCAUCAAGAAUUAAGGAAGAGGAUCAGAGAGUCAAUGGAAGUGUGCAAGAACCCAGAUGUAGAUUUGAUGCAGAUGCUUCAUUCUGCCAGAGGACUCCUCCAUAGGAAUGAAUCUGUGAUUCACAAGGAAAUAGACAUUUUUCACAUAAAAACAGUUGUUCGUCCAAUUCCUGGAAUUAUACAAAUUCUUUUAAAAUUUAAAGUGGACAUCACUCUGGAUCGUGAAAAAGCACAUACAGGUCUUAUCAUCUCUGAAGAUUUGAAGACUAUGAGAUAUGGAGGUGCACAGGAAGAAGUGCCCAACAACAGUGGGAGAUUCUAUUCUUUUGCCGAAGUUCUUGGUUCACAGUCCUUCAGCUCAAGCAGAUCCUACUGGAUGGUGAAAGUGCCAGGCAACACUGGAUGGGGUGUUGGUAUCUCCAGAGGGCCAGCUCUGACUGAAGAGUUCUUUGUGAUCAUUUCUAUACAGAAUCACAGUGGCUGCCAUCUUUAUGCCAUAGGCAAGCACCACCUUUCUUCUGAACCUGAUGUGAAAUACUGCAAGAACUAUGAGUCCAGCCUAACAGUAGGUAUUUUCCUUGACUAUGAACGUGGAGAGAUAUCAUUUUAUGAUGUUCAAGAAAGAUCUCUCAUUUUCUCUUUCCCAACCACUUCCUUCUCAGGACCUUUCCUGCCCUUCUUCUGUCUUUCUAAGAAAGUCCUUGCAAAUGAUUGCUCUCUCAUGAUCUGUCCCUAA